CCUUGAUGCUCCCUAUCUGCAGUCUAAUGCCCCCCUUCUUCCUCCCUCCUCAACCCCUUUUUUCAGUUGUGCUGCUCACGAUUCGCUCCUCACAAUUGCGUGUACUACGACGUUCCUUUUGAACAAUGGAAACACCUUGCAUUGCUUUAAGCGUAGCAAAAGGGAACAACUUUGCAUGGCAGCAGGGCUACAAAGAUGUCGACGACUCUGAGUUAGAGACACUUCUUACGAUCAGCAGGGAACUUGUACGUUCACUAGAAGCUGAGGUUCAAGCUCGUCAGUUGUCCACAAAGCCGCAGCUAUCGAGCGCCCUUUCGGAAUGUAUCCAGAAAUUGAAUAUGAGCAUCAAAAAAUGGAGAGUUCUAGGGCGGUUGGACAAGAAAGAGACGGACCUCCUUCGUGCAGCCUGUAAUGCCCUGACAGUCGAACAAGCAACGCGCGAUGGACGGCUUUAUCAAACCUUCCUUUGCGACGUCAACCGCAACUGCAAUCGUACCUCAGCAUUGUUGUGUGCAGCAAGUCUGGGCAAACAAAGGAUUGUAUGCUUGAACGUUCAAGAAAGGAUAAAUCUACUACAACAUCUCAAGCUCACUCAAGACGCUUUGGCUUUGCCCGCCCUGGACUUGCUCGCAGAGGAUCAGCUACCUAAAGAGAAUUCAUCUGGACGAAGCCUAAAAAGGAAAUUCUCCACAGAGAUGGGAGACACAGUCCUACUCAAGAGAAAAUUCGAACCAACUCCGUUCCCGGUUGCUGACAACUCUCGUGAGUGUCGAGGCCUAGAAUGCCGUUCCGAUCCUGGCAAACAAGAAAAUGGAAGCACUGAAAACAAUACUCAUAGCGAGGUUGCGAGAACUCUGACAGGCUCAGUGAUCACCUCGGGUCCAGGAUCGAUUGAGACAGCGUUCUUACUAUCCCCCGAGACGUUUGAACAGAUUUGGAGUCAUUCGCACGAAUGGCAAGCUGAAGAGCUUCAAACAAGUAUUUUGACCAUUCCAGCGGAGGAUCGCGUGGCCUCAAUUGUUCACUCGAUUCCUCGAUCGAACGCAAUCAGGUUUGGUCGCCAGUUUGGUUUGCCAAAGAUAUACCCGGCUAGUUCAAUGCCAUGAGUUUGCUGUCAACCAACAUGGCCUCGGUCAGACAACCGGCUGGCACCAGACCUAUGUAGGUCCCUUCCUCUCCAACAACGUCCCAGACUAUUUUUUUCGUGUCGUCUUUGUCUCGAACUCUUAUGCAUCCGAUUCGGGAGGACGACGCAGAUGCUCUAAAGAGAAUGAUACGGGAUUUCGAAUGCUUUGGGAUUUCAUCUGUGUAAUAGUAUGUCCAAUCAUCGUCGAAAGAAAGCUCUUCGAGCGCUAAACCAAACU